CGCGCUGGUGUCAGGCCCCUACCCGGGCCGCGGUCCCUGGAGACGCCCCGUCGCCCCGAUCACGCAGCUCCGGGUCACGCAGAGCUCUUUGCAAACCCUCCAGCUGCGCACGCUGCGGUGUUAAACAGGAAGCGUAACCAUGGCACCGGCAGACUGGGGGCAGGGCAAGGCCUGUGCUACGGCAAGCCGGAAGGGACUAACCUAGUGAGCAGCGUUCGCUUUGCAUUCCAGCCGGGGGAGAGGAAGUGAAGGAAGAAAGGGAGAGAGAAACGUGGUUGCAGGGUCAGGAGAAACCUUCCAUCACUAGCCCCGCUGGGCUCCCGUUAGCAGCUCCCCCCUUCCCCAUCCAGCUUGAAUGUUAUUUCAAACCCCCAUUAUCUUCUUACACUGACUGGCCUGUGGCAUGGGAAAUAGUGUUCCCAACCCUGGGCCUUCACAAAUCGAGUAGUCAGCCCCCCACCGCCCCAAAUCAUGAGCUUGGUUUAGCAAUCACGAGAUUUUUUUUUAUAAAUAAUUAAAGUUGGGUUUGUUAGUUUUUGUCUUCUGGGUUGUGAGCCCUUUAGCAUCGUGUUUCUAAGCUAAGCUUUUCUCUGCACCUAUAGCUAGAAACAUACUUUAAAAAGAAUGUUGUGAUUUUCAAGUAAUCAUCUGACUCCAGGAGCUGGUAUCUUGAGCACUGAAAGGAAUGAAACUUCUAUAGAGUUUUGUACAUAGUUGUCUUCUGUAACAAGGAAGUAAAAUAUUAUCAACAAAAGAAUUAGUAAACAUACUUGAGAUGCAGUGAAGAAACGAACUUAUGCCACUAUACGGUAGUGCUCCAUAGAUGAGAGUGAAAUAUUCAGCACUGAAACUAACUAUUUUACUGUGGGAGACCGUCUUUCAAAUCUUUCUCCCCCUCUGCGGAGAGCUCCGGAGGAAUUGACCCUGGAUCUCUAACAUCCCAGAAGCCAUUAAAAACUCAGAAAAAGAAAGGGAAUGGAACCAAGAGAGAAAAUAUUAAUCCUAAAAUACUUUCUAAGCAUCUUCAAUGGAAUUUUCUUGGUUUUAGGUCUUAUGCUUAUGAUGUUCAGUGUGUGGCUUCUAAUUGACAGAAACAAUUUAUUCACUGUUUUAUCUUUCACAGGUGAGAACCACUUGGUAGCAUACAUUUCUUAUAUGUUGCUUGUAGUUGGAUCCAUCAUUGUUUUUAUUUCAUUCUUGGGAUUCCUAGGAAUCUUUGAAGAAAUCAGAUGGUUACUAAUUCUGUAUCUGGGACUUAUAGUCUUGCUGUUUGGUAUCCAAGUUGCAAUGCCAGUGCUAAUAUAUACAAGAAAAGAAGAGGUCCAGAUUAUGUGGAAUGACAGAAUUGAUGCAGUUAUUUCUAACUAUGGGAACAAAAAUCUGACUGGAAGAGAACAUGAGUGGGAUAUUCUGAAUGCUGUGCAGAAUACUCUGGAAUGCUGUGGAAGACACAAUUCUACAGACUGGAAAAAGAAUGAAAAUAAAGAACACACAAAUCAGGUCCCAUGUUCAUGUACGAAAUCUAAUAAGGAGGAAUGGUUUUGUGAUGUCCCCGCGAAUGAUGUGUACAUUAAGGGAUGUGACGAGUAUAUUAAAAUGUGGUUUGAAAACAACACUUUGGUCUUAAUUGCAAUUAAUAUUGCACUGCUAACUGUAGAGGUCCUCCUGUUCACACAAGGUGUAUUGCUGUUCAAAAACAUCAAGAAGAAUAAAAUUUCACUAAAGGAAUAAAGAAAGAUUUUUGGUGCUGUUAUAUUGCAUGAAUUAUCUAAUAAUUCUUUAAUCCAGAGGUUCCCAAACUUUUCUUAUUGUGUACCCCCUUCCAGAUCUACCAGGUGCCCAUGUACCCCUACCCCUCUCAUCACUGAUACUUUGUGUGUUCUUCUUAACACUACCAGUCUUUAGCCAUCUGUCCAUAUUUCACUGUUAUGUACAGAUAUAGUUAUAGUGUGACAUACAACCAAAAAAACCCCUUAAAUUCUGAGCUAAGAUAGACUGGACAGUUGCUGGCCAACUGAACCUGUGCUGUACAGUGUUUGGAGGUGAGGACAGGGCUGGAUUUACACCUUACACACUCCUAGGCACAGCAUCUUCAGUGCCCCCCUCCCCCGACUACAGUUGACCUUUGUGUUGCACACAAUUUUAGAGCGGUAGGGCGCCCCUAGAAUGCUAGCGCCCCUAGGGACGUGCCCUACUAUGUCUGGCCCUGGGUGAGGACUCUGUACAUCAGCGUCUUCGUGUAUCUGUGUUCUCAUUGAUACAUCAUGAAGUAAAUUACCUACCAUAUUUUAUAUAACAAAUUCCCACAGAGUUUUAAAGAUUUGUCUGGGUAGCCUAUUAUGAAAAUGUAAUAAAUAAAAUAAUUAAUAAAUAAAAUCCACCAUUACACGAUUUUUCCUGUGUACCCCUCCAAGAUGUCUUGAAUACCCCCAGGAAUACGCAUGUCAGAGUUUGGGAACCUCUGCUUUAAUCUGACCCUUCAAGUCAAAGGAAAGACUCACAUUAAAAUCAACGAUGUUUGGCUCAGGCCCUAAAAUAUCACAAUUACUCUAAUAUAUUGUAAUUUAUGUGUUGAUAUAAAAAAUAUCCCAAUGACUAUAGCUGCCUGCUGUGUACUGCAUAACUAAUGUGCAUUUAUGUCUUGAUACAUUUGCGUAUUGUUUGUAGUCUUGGUUAUGAUAUU